AUGUCCGAACGCCGGACGGGCCGCGGCACCCCCGCCCCAGGCAUCGGAGCGGCACCAGCUCCGCCCACCUCCCCGCCCACCGCCCAAUCAGCGCAGCGGAGCCCCGCCGUGGCCACACCCCUCACGGUGCGUGCUGACGGCUCAGCGGAAACUUCCCCGCCGGGCGGAAGUGGGGGGGGGGGUAGAGUGACCAUGGCGGAGGGUGGCGUGGAGCAUGGGGACGACGGUCCCGGUCCCGGUCCCGAGCUGGCCCUGGUCGAGGGCAGCGUCGGCCGCGCCGGUCGCGUCGGGGACCCCGGGGACCUAGUGGCCCUGGCCCGGCAGGUGCAGCAGGCCAAUGACUUUGUCCGAGCAAAUGCCUGCAGCAAACUGACAGUCAUUGCUGAGCAGAUCCGGCAGCUGCAGGAGCAGGCACGGAAGGUCUUGGAUGAAGCUAACAGGGAUGCUGAUCUGCACCACGUGGCCUGCAACCUUGUGAAGAAGCCAGGAAAUGUUUACUACAUGUACAGGCGGGAGAGUGGGCAGCGGUACUUCUCCAUCCUGUCUCCUAAGGAAUGGGGUACCACUCCUCAUGAAUUUCUUGGUGCCUAUAAGCUCCAGCAUGACAUGUCCUGGACUCCGUUCGAGGACGUAGAGAGACGAGAUGCUGAAAUAACUGUCCUGGAGAAGCUGCUGAGCCGGCAGGCAGCACUGCCCCUGUGCACGGAGCCCAACUUCCAGGGACUGACCAAGGCACACAAGUGACCACACAGGACUGCCUGAGCAGAGUCCCUGAAUGAGGGGACACAGUGCCUGUAUGUUGCCAAAGGCAGGGCAAGGAAAGAGACCAAGAAACAAAAAAUGCUGAUUGCUUUGGGCUUUAAGGAGACUAAUUCUGCAGUCUUACUGGAUUUUCUAGUAAUUGAAUAAUUUACUUAAUUGACCUAUGCCAAGCUGUAGCAAGAGGUAGGUGAUACCAGGAGGUGUGAGUUCCAAGAGUGCUUGGAGCAAAAAGGAAGAAACGCUUGGGGCAGAUGUGAUAAUGCUAUAAAAUAAUUUCUCCUCUCUGCCUGGCUCUGGUGUACCUCACUGUGAGUGCUUGUGUCAGGUAAUGAUCUCAGGGCUGGAUUUUGCCCCUUAUUAAAAUGCACAUGUUUAGAAAGCUCUGUGGUCUGGGAAGCAUGGUCAAAAGCAUGUGCAAAGUGUCUGCUGUGAUGAGUCUUCUGGUCUCUGUCCUAGCUGGUCUGAAUCUCUGAGCUGGGAACUUGGGGUGACCUGAAGCUCUCUUCUCUGGAAAGAGCAUCCUCAAAAGGAUCCAUGCAGGCUUCAGAUGCUCUUCAGAUGAUGUGUAUUUCACAUCCUCACGCCUUCCCCCUUGGAUCUGAGUGGAUGAGCUGCCACGUAGAGACAGAAUACUGGAUGACUUUAUGCCGGAGCAGCAGGGAGAGUAAAAUAAAUCAACCUUGAUCUCACAUGUACC